AUGGGUAACACACCCAGCUCCGUCCUCGACAACAUAGUCGAGGGCUCCAACUUUGACAGAGAAGAGGUCGACCGCUUGCGGAAGCGAUUCGAGAAGCUUGACAGGGAUAACUCCGGCACGAUCGAGCGCGACGAGAUGAUCGCCAUCUUCGACGAAGACGGUGGCGGCGAUGUGGACUUUGAAGAGUUCGUCAAGGGUCUCAGUGCCUUCAGCAACAAGGGAAACAAGGAACAGAAACUGCGGUUCGCGUUUAAGGUCUACGACAUUGAUCGUGACGGCUACAUCAGCAACGGAGAGCUCUUCAUCGUGCUCAAGAUGAUGGUUGGCAGCAACCUCAAGGACCAGCAGUUGCAGCAGAUUGUUGACAAGACGAUAAUGGAGGCCGACACAGACAAAGACGGCAAGGUCAGCUUCGAGGAGUUCACCAAGAUGGUGGAGAACACCGAUGUCAGCAUGAGUUUGACUCUCGAUCAGUUCUAG